GAAGUAAUAAAAUUUGUGCCAAAAAUAUGCGUAGUCUUAUGUUAAUUGCUGCUAUUUGCACCGUAUUGGGUAUUAUGAUGCAACGAUGCAAUGCUGAAACAACAACGGAAAAUCCAGAGAUGUCCAUUCAAGUCAUCAGAUACAUGAGUCGACGUGCUGCGCAAGGUGGCGGUGGCGGUGCAGGUGGUGGUGCAGGUGGUGGCGCUGGUGCUGGCAUGGGUUUUGGUUUCGGAGCAAAUAUGGGUGGUCAAGCAGGCGGUGAAUGAAGUGGACAAGGCGGUCGUUAAAUAUUUGAAGCAACAAAUCAUAGCGGUACUUUUGACAAGGAUUUCAUAUGGAAAAGGACAAUGAAACUUCAUAUAAAUCGACACUUAAAACGUAACCACUAUAUCAAGCAAAGCUCAUCAGCAGAAUUCACACACGCAAUGACAUGAAAUUUAAAAAAUUUCUUAAA